UGUUACUUGAGUCGCGGCUCCGGAACAACGCCUACAAGAUUUUUAGAUAAAGCCUUGAGAAGAACUUGAGGCCAGAAAGGGAGGUGAGGGGGCUCUGACCCCAUACCUUUAGGCAGAGGAAACAGCCCUCUUCUAGAUUAGCAGGUUGACAAGAGUUCCCCGAGAUUAGAAGCCCUGAAGGAGCGGGCAUCCUCCCAGCUAACCCCAGGAAUGUGGUCGUGAGACAGAGCCCACAGCUUUUGGAAGAAAAGUAGUCUUGGGCCAUGGCCCAGGUCAGCAUCAACAGUGACUACAGCGAGUGGGCUUCCAGCACUGAUGCUGGGGAGCGGGCCCGUUUGCUCCAAAGUCCCUGUGUGGACGUGGUACCUAAGAGUGAGGGGGAGGCGUCUCCUGGAGAUCCAGACAGCGGCACCACUUCGACGCUUGGAGCCGUCUUCAUCGUCGUCAAUGCCUGCCUCGGUGCGGGUCUGCUCAACUUCCCAGCAGCCUUCAGCACUGCUGGGGGCGUGGCAGCUGGCAUCGCCCUGCAGAUGGGCAUGCUGGUUUUUAUCAUCAGUGGGCUGGUCAUUCUGGCCUACUGCUCUCAAGCCAGCAAUGAGAGGACCUACCAAGAGGUGGUGUGGGCUGUGUGUGGCAAGCUGACAGGUGUGCUGUGUGAGGUAGCCAUUGCGGUCUAUACCUUCGGAACCUGCAUCGCCUUCCUCAUCAUUAUUGGGGACCAGCAGGACAAGAUUAUAGCUGUGAUGUCGAAGGAGCCGGAUGGGGCCAGCGGCAGCCCCUGGUACACAGACCGCAAGUUCACCAUCAGUCUUACCGCCUUCCUCUUCAUCCUGCCCCUGUCCAUCCCCAAGGAGAUUGGCUUCCAGAAAUAUGCCAGCUUCCUGAGCGUCGUGGGCACCUGGUACGUCACCGCCAUUAUAAUCAUCAAAUACAUCUGGCCAGAUAAAGAGAUGCGCCCGGGGGACAUCUUGACUAGACCAGCGUCCUGGAUGGCUGUGUUCAACGCCAUGCCCACCAUCUGCUUUGGAUUUCAGUGUCAUGUGAGUAGUGUACCCGUCUUCAACAGCAUGCGGCAGCCUGAAAUAAAGACCUGGGGCGGAGUGGUGACGGCUGCCAUGGUCAUAGCUCUGGCUGUCUACAUGGGCACAGGCAUCUGUGGCUUCCUGACCUUUGGAGCUGCUGUGGACCCCGACGUGCUCCGGUCCUACCCCUCAGAGGACGUGGCUGUGGCCGUUGCCCGAGCCUUCAUCAUCCUGAGUGUGCUCACCUCCUAUCCCAUCUUGCACUUCUGUGGGCGGGCUGUGGUGGAAGGCCUGUGGCUGCGCUACAAGGGGAUGCCCGUGGAGGAGGAUGUGGGCCGGGAGCGCCGGCGCCGGGUCCUGCAGACGCUGGUGUGGUUCCUGCUAACCUUGCUACUGGCGCUCUUUAUCCCUGACAUUGGCAAGGUCAUCUCGGUCAUCGGAGGCCUGGCAGCCUGCUUCAUCUUCAUCUUCCCAGGGCUGUGCCUCAUUCAAGCCAAACUAUCAGAGAUGGAGGAGGUCAAACCUGCCAGCUGGUGGGCACUGGUCAGUUACGGAGUCCUUCUGGUCACACUGGGAGCCUUCAUCUUCGGCCAGACCACAGCCAAUGCCAUUUUUGUGGAUCUCUUGGCCUGAACUCUGCCUCCCCAGAAACAAGUGACCGAGCAUUGCUCGGAGCUGUGGAGCUGCCCAGGUCCCAUGUCCCAUUCCAGCCAGUGAGAUGACACGUGGACACCUUUCCCCUCGGACAGUCAUGAGACAAUCAGGUCUGUGGACGGCUCCCGCCCAGCUGCCUUGCAUCCUGACCCCACGUUCUCAUGGAUGGAGGUCCCAUAUCACAGGAGCUUCUUCCCCUUUGCCCAGAUCUCCACUUCAAGCCUUUGGGACUUGAGGAUGAAGAGGGUCAGUGGGUCUCAGAAGAGAAAGCCUAUUCUGACUUCCCUCUGGAAAAAGAACAACAAAAAAAAUGCAUCUGCAGAGGGCUGGCAUCCUCCGAGGAGCGUGUCAGGACUGUGCUCAGUCCCUCGGGGUUUUGUGCCUGCCCAUGUCUCUCAGAAGCCAGUGACAGCUUCUCCUGGGACCUGGCAACUUCCAAAGGAGCUGCUGACAUCAUAUAAAUGUCCAGAUUCCUCUCUUGGUCCCUAUGAGUCUCUGGUAGCUUCGCAAGUCUUUGGGCACCCUACUGUGACUUUGUCCAAACCGAGCGGUCCAUGUUGGGUUUGCUUCUGCUGUGUUCCCGGACAUCACCAAGUCUAAUGUUUACAAACGGUGCCAGCCUGGCUUCGGAGCUAGGGGCUGCCAUGCCACGGUGCUCUGAGCACUCCUCCGUUAGCUUUUUUUGCAUGGGCAGAGGGUCUGUUGUCUUUUUCAGAUUCCAGAUAAGCCCGUCUUUUCAGAGGUUUGGGGUAGGAUCUUUUAGACCAUCCUUCCAGGCAGGGAUGCUCAAGGUCCUGGUGAAGUUCAGCCUCACUCCUCCAAGCCUGUCCUCUCUCUUCUCCCGCUAAACCCAGCCCCAGAACCCAGAAGGAGUUAGACUGGGGACCCUGGAUGUUUUCCUUCCUGUUUCCAUCUUUACCCAUUCCCACAUGCCCAUCCCUCUCCCCCAACCCCAAUCUCUUCUCUUUCUUCAUUUGUGGGUUUUGUUAUUUGGUGGGGGGAGGGUGUGGCACCAGACCCUGUGACACCAGCUUGCCUGGCUCCACACAUCUGUCAAGCCUGGCCUCCAUGCCUAGGGAAUCCCGCUGAGUCAUACCCACCCCAGGUGAGGUCAGCCUAGAUACUUCUCUCUUUUGACUGCCUUAGCUUCGAACCUACCCCUGCUCACUUUUGUAAGUCCCAAGUACAGAAUUGGUCUUUAUAAAUAUAUUCUGUCUAAAAAACACUUAUCCUAGGAGCGAGAGGGACCCUUCCCAGCAGACUACGCCCCUGCCCCCAACACAGGUCAGCCCUGUUGAGGCAGAAGGCUUAGCGUCCAGACUUGCUGGAUUGUUCUUCUCCCAUCCAUCCCUGGUACUUCUGGUCCUGCUACACUGUUUUCCCCUAACCCCCAUAAGGCUCCAAGUGCUGCCUUUCACAGUGACCAAUCACAGAGCUGGGCACAGCUUAGAGACAUGCUAGCUGGGACAAUUGGCUAGAACCAGGCUUCAGCUUGUCCUCAGGACCCCCUUCCUCUGUCCCCUUUGCCCUCUGUAUCCAGUUUCUUGCUGGUUCUUUGCUACUCAAGCACACUUGGAGACGUGAGGAUGGUUAAUAAAGGGACUUACACUGCUAAA